GAAGGGAAUUUGAGCUGGAUCUAACAAACCCCGUUUUGAACUCUUCUCAUCAACUCUCUCUCUCUUUCUUUCCUUUUCUCUGUCAUUCUGACAAGAUUUCCCCAUAAUCAUUUUAUAACUAAUCCUUUCUUCUUCUUUUUUUUGCCAAUAAAAAAUUCUCUUCCAAGAAGAUGCUGAUGAGAUCUGCUACUGAAAAAGAUAUAUCAAUGAAUAUUCAUAUUGAAUAUGUUAAUGGAUCUACUUCUUAAAACCAGGAUCAUACGCAAAUUAGUUUUGUUAUUUUGAAACCAGAAGAGGGUUUUUAGAUGUUAUGCAAAGCUAGUUUACGGAAUUUAAUAAUUCGAGCUGGUUAUAUAGAGAAUUUUGGUAAGCAAGGGCCUAUACAUUUCAAGGAUUUUGGAAAAGGAUUGAAUGAAAAGUUUGGAGCUUCUUCUUCAUCUUCUUAUCAAUUGAAUCGAAAAUUUAGAUCUUUUAUGAAUAUGAUGGUGGAUAAUAGCAAUUCUACGCAACCGGGAUCCGCUGUUAAGGUAUUGCCUAGAAAAGAAAAUGUUACUGAAGGUGGUUAUGCCACUGGUGGAUGGAAAAGUGAAGAUGGAAGGCUGAGCUGUGGCUAUUCGAGUUUUAGGGGAAAGAGGGCAAGCAUGGAAGACUGCUUUGACGUUAAGAUGUCCACUAUUGAUGGAAAACCAGUCUGUCUUUUUGGAAUAUUUGAUGGUCAUGGUGGUUCACGUGCCUCAGAGUUUUUAAGGGAACACUUAUUCGAGAACAUUGUGAAGCACCCCCAGUUUAUGAAGGACACCAAACUGGCAAUAAGUGAAACGUAUCAAAGAACUGAUAUGGAUUUCUUGGAUUCUGAAAGCAAUACAUAUCGGGACGAUGGUUCAACUGCCUCAGCAGCAGUUUUGGUAGGUACUCGUCUGUAUGUAGCAAACGUCGGGGACUCCCGAGCAGUAAUAUCAAAGGCUGGCAAAGCUGUAGCUCUUUCAGAAGAUCAUAAGCCAAAUCGAAGUGAUGAGCGGAAGAGAAUUGAGAACGCUGGAGGAGUGGUUAUGUGGGCAGGUACUUGGAGGGUAGGAGGCGUGUUGGCAAUGUCCCGUGCUUUCGGCAAUCGUUUACUUAAGCAGUUUGUUGUGGCGGAGCCUGAGAUUCAGGAGCAAGAGAUCGAUGAUGAAUUUGAACUCCUUGUGCUGGCUAGUGACGGACUUUGGGAUGUGGUACCAAAUGAGGAUGCUGUUUCUCUAGCAAGAACAGAAGAAGAACCUGAGGCUGCAGCUCUAAAGUUGGCGGAGACUGCUUUUUCUCGUGGAAGUGCCGACAACAUCACUUGCAUUGUGGUUAAGUUCCACCAUGGGCAAGCGAAAACUGAUUCAGCACAAGGUUAAAAGGAAAGUCGAUAUUUUUCCACGUUGGUAGCACUAUAGAAAAUCGGUGUGCAUCAUUGCCCAAGUGCAGUAUUAGCAAGUGGAAGCAGGUGCUCUGUUCAUAAGGUUUUUGUUUCCUACCUUCUUUCCCAUGCCUCUUUCUCUACCUCUCUUCUCUCUCAACUGUGGGGCUGUUCGUUUGGCUGACUGGUUUGUCUAUAUGUUAUGCAUUUGUUCCAUCUUACUUGGGUGUUGCGAAAUUUAAAUUAAAUAUUUAUGGAUGUUAUUUGCGAUAACAUUGUGAGAUAAAAAAUAGCAAUGAAAGUGACUCGGAAUUACUUGACACAACA